GAACCCGCCGCUCGUUCAGGCUUAGGAGCGGAAGCCAGAGCUGCCACCGGCUGCCCGCUACCUGCUGCCCGCCUUCCCACUUCGGGCUCUCCCUGCGGGGCGGUAAGGGAAGCCGGGCUGAAGGAAGGGAGGGAGUGGAUGUAGCCUCCGAGCGAAGACCGGAGCCGCGGGUCGUAAGCCGAGGCCCCUGAGCCUCUGCCGUAACCGCGAGGAAGGAGGGCAAGCGCAGAGCAGCGUCCGCCCGGCGCCAGAUCGCGCACCCGGCCCUCCGCCCAGACACGGACCGCACGGUUCGUUCCGGCCCCUGCACCGCGCGGUCUCAGCCCGGCCGGUGACCUCGGCGAAUCCGCAACACCGGCCGGCUCCCACCGGGGCCCAGGCUCUCUUCGUCGCCGCCUCCGCCUGCGCCUCUGUCCCCUCCUCUGCCCCCGCUCCGUCCGCGACCCCAGCCCCGGCCCCGCCCCCGCCAACCUCGGCCGCGGCACCGGCCGCGACCCCCACCCGGGAGGCCCAGUCGUGGGUGCGAUGCUGCCCAGCUCAAUCCAGAUUUCAGGGGAGCCGCUGUCAGGCGCCGAGGUGCGGGACAUCUGCCGCGGCCUGCGCGACAACGCCGUGCGCCUGCUCUCACUGCGCGGCUGUCGCCUCUGCGACCGCGACUUCGGCCGCAUCUGCAGGGCCCUGGCCGGGGCCGCGUCCCUGGCGCAGCUCAACCUUAACCUGGGUGUCGUUUCCAGCCCUAGUCGCAUCAAGCAGCUGGCGGAGGCGCUGCGGACCAACCGCUCCAUCCAGUCCCUCUUCCUGCAUGGGAGUCCCCUGACAGAUGCAGGGCUGGCCUUGCUGAACCCAGCCCUGGCCCUGCACCCUGCCCUUGUGGCUCUGGACCUGGGGGACUGCAUGCUGGGUGAUGAAGCCAUCAACCUCAUCUGUGGCCUCCUCCCCCCAGAUGGAGCCAAGUCUGGCUUGAAGGAGCUAACACUGAGUGCCAACCCUGGCAUCACCCCUAAGGGCUGGAGCCGCCUUGCCAUUGCUGUGGCCCACAGCUCCCAGGUCCGCGUCCUCAAUCUGGACUACAAUCCCCUAGGUGACCACGUGGCAGGGAUGCUGGCUGUGGCCGUGGCCUCCAGCCGCACCUUGGAGGUCCUAGACUUGGAGGGCACAGGGCUCACUAACCAGUCAGCUCAGACCCUGCUGGACAUGGUAGAAAAUUACCCCACAGCUUUGCGGAGCCUGGUGUUGGCUGAGAACAGCAUUAGCCCAGAGCUGCAGCAGCAGAUCUGUGACCUCCUCUCUGAGGGGGAGGAGGAGGAGGAGGUGAAAGGAGGGGCUGGUGAUGCCCAGGAACGAGAGAGAAGGCAGGAGCCUGCUGCCCACCAGAGGGGCAGCAGCUCCUGGAUGUGCCCCGGUGAUCCCAGCUCUCAGAUGGUGCUAAUGACAUCAGGACUAGGGGACAGUCUGUUGGCAGAGACCGAGAUGUGACUCUCCAUUUGGGCCCAUCAGUACAUUUGUCUGUCCCAGCACUUUGCCCCAGAUGUCAGGGCCAGGCCCAGGCCCUGGGGCUUGGGGAGGGCGGGGGGAGGAGUGGGAAGUGCCUGGGGCUCUGGCAGCUCGUGGCAGUGUGGUGGGAGGCUCUGGAAGCUGUGACUGAGCAACAGCCUUUGGGGCACUUGAACCCAAGGCGGUGCCUCUGGACUUGCUGGCAGCUCUGGCUGCAGCCCGCUGUCUCGGAAGAGAUUUUAUGAACUCUA